AUGGAGCAGCAUCAGCCUGCACCGUCCUUUCUGGUGCAGCUGCUGCAUUCGGUGCCGCACAUCAACAUUACGCUGCACCGGGUCAACGAUACGUUUAAUCCGAACAGCACCGUUUACACCGAGAGCCUUGGUAUACUGGCGUCAAUACCGGCCGCCCUGUUGAUCAUUUCACUCGUGUUUCUGCUGCUGUAUCUGCUGACGCGUUGCUGCGACCGGAAACCGCGUAAACCCAAGUCGCACGGCUGCCAAAAGUGCACGCUGAUCUUUUUUGCCAUUAUCUGCUGUGCUGCCAUCGGUCUCGGUCUGUACGGCAACGACGAUCUGCAUAAUGGUGUGCUGCAGAUCUUUGGCUCGGGUCGCAAGAUCGAGCAACUGAUACUGAACGUACGGAAUCAGACGGAAUUGGUUAAGCAUAACCUAAAAUCAAAGGUGGUACUUUCGGAGUUGGAGCAAAUCUUCGAACAACCAGCCCAUCGGCCGAAUGCAACGGCUCAAUACAUCCUUCACGAUACGGUAAAGAUGGCCAAGGACAAUACGACCUUUGCUAUCAACGCAUUGGAAACGAUCGUUUAUCUGACGCGUCCUGCGUAUACGGAUAUCACAUUAAAAAGUUUACUUGACACUUACGAAUUUUACGAGGAACUGCGGUGGCCAAUUACGCUCGGUUUUCUUACUUUCCUGUUGCUGCUGUGCAUUAUCCUGAUGAUCGGAGCAACGCGAAGUUCUCGUUGCGCUCUGAUUUUCUUCAGCGUUUGCGGGCUGCUAGCCGUCACCGUGUGUUGGCUACUGUCCGGCAUCUACUUGGCUAGUGCUGUUGCGCUGGGUGAUUUCUGCAUGAAACCGAACGACUUCAUAUGCAGUCAUCCAAAACUAAAAGAUGUUCAGUAUACGUACUGCAGCACCGUCGGCACUAACCGGUAUGUGCUACGGUUGAACGAAUCAAAAGUACACGUGGACCGCGCAAAAGAAUCGCUAGAGACUGUUAACAGCAUCGGUAUGGAUUUGUACCCAGGCAUUCAGAUCAGCUCGAAGGUGAACAAGAUCAACGGGGAGCUUGAUGAUAGCAAACGCCAGCUAACGGCCCUCUCGGUGAUGCUGGACCGUCGCACCGUAGCCGAACACUAUGCGGAUGCUACACGGAGUUUAUGCGAAGGUGGCCUGCUUGGACUCACUUUAAUGCUGCUGGCCAGCUUAGUUUCUGCAGCCAUUUUAAGUUUGCUUGUUUGUGUCGAUUCACACACAUGGAUUUAUCUUACGAAAAAGCGGCCCGGUUACGAGGAUAAGGCAGAAACAACACCACUAUUUCCGGCGGGUGCAAACGCAUCACCAGCCGCACCCAUCAUCGCUUCCGGUACGAUGACGAUCAAUCGAACGCUGCUGCACGCACAAACCGCUACAAGCAAUGGAUCAACGGGUGGGGCUGGAGCAGCAGCCGGCACAGGGACGCUCAUCCCGACCAGUGGUCGUAAUGGCACCACACACGGAAUGCGCGGGUUUGCAUCCUAUAGUGGCGAUGAAUCACCGCCACCAGAUUAUAACGUUGUGGUGCAUGAUAACAACAGAGCAUCUGGACAUCACACUCUUGGGCGACUACCUUCGCAGCACGCUCCUAUGAUGGGUCCUAAUAACGGCAAAUACGCCACCCUAAGUAAACAGUGCAAAACACUCGAAUCGAAUGAUUUCUACUGA